UUCUUCUUCUUCUUAACUACUUCCUCCUUUUUCUCUCUUUUCUUUCUCUUACCUUCCUCCAUGAUCCGUGAAAUUUUUCAUACUUAAUCAUAUGCAUCAUAUAUAUCAUUAUUUCUCUGUCCUCAUGUGCUCUUAUAUAAAUAGAUGAAUAAUUUGUGGUUAUGGAGAAUGGAGAUUUGUGUAUUUAAGAUUUUGUGCACAUAUAUUUCAAUAAUUUGCAUGGGAAUACUAUUAGUAGUAUUUUUGUAGGUUUCGAGGUCGGAAAGAAAAAAAUUAGAAAGAUGUUAUAGGGCAGCUCACGGCACUUUUUCUCAGCCUUUUCAUGGUUUUCAAGAAAUGAUGAACGUAAAACCAAUGGAGCAGAUCAUGAUUCCCAAUAGCAGCACACAUCAAUCAAACACAACAUCUAAUGCAAGACCAAACACCAUUCUCUCAUCUAACGGUGUCUCAGCCGCUGGAGCCCCCGUCUCCGGCGUAAGCAACAACAAUAACAAUACGGCGGUUGUGGCGGAGAGGAAAGCAAGACCACUAGAGAAACUAAAUUGUCCAAGAUGUAACUCAACCAACACAAAGUUUUGUUACUACAACAACUAUAGUCUCACACAACCAAGAUACUUUUGUAAAGGUUGUCGAAGGUAUUGGACCGAAGGUGGAUCUCUUAGGAAUGUUCCUGUGGGGGGAAGCUCAAGAAAGAACAAGAGAUCAACUUCUUCUUCCUCAUCCAACAUUCUUCAAACGAUGCCAUCUUCACUUGGUUUGACCACAACACUUCCAGAUCUAAACCCACCAAUUCUCUUCUCCAACCAAAUCCCUAAUAAAUCAAAAGGGUCAUCGCAAGAUCUCAACUUGUUGUCUUUCCCCGUCAUGCAAGAUCAUCAUCAUCAUGUUCAUAUGUCUCAGUUUCUUCAGAUGCCGAAGAUGGAGGGAAAUGGUAACAUAACUCAUCAGCAGCCUUCAUCAUCUUCUUCUCUCUAUGGCUCCUCGUCGUCUCCUGUUUCAGCUCUUGAGCUUUUAAGAACCGGAGUUAAUGUUUCCUCAAGAUCAGGGAUCAACUCAUUCAUGCCUCCCGGUCCAAUGAUGGAUUCAAACACUGUGCUCUACACUUCUUCAGGUUUUCCAACAAUGGUGGAUUACAAGCCAAGUAAUCUCUCCUUCUCUACUGAUCACCAAGGGCUUGGACAUAACAGCAACAACAACAACAGGUCCGAAGCUCAUAAUGAUCAUCAUCAGGAAGGUAGAGUUUUGUUUCCAUUUGGGGAUCAGAUGAAGGAGCUUUCGUCAAGCAUAACACAAGAAGUUGAUCAUGAUGAUAAUCAACAGCAGAAGAGUCAUGGAAAUCAUAAUAAUAAUAAUCCAAGCCCUACUAAUGGAUAUUGGAGUGGGAUGUUCAGUACUACAGGAGGAGGAUCUUCAUGGUGAAGCAAAAUGAUCAAAAAGGAGAUUAUGAAAUUAGCUUUCUAAUUCUCUUUCAUGAUCUUUUGCCUCACAUGGGUUACUUUAGUUAAAGUUGUCAGAACUUAGCUAACACAACAUAGUCUUUUUAUUCUACUUUCUUUUUGGGUUUUUUUUUUAAAAAAUUUGGUUUAAAUUAAUAUUUAUUAUUUUCUAAAUGUUUUUAUAGUUGGGUUUGAUGGUAAUUUGGGUUGGGUCUUUUUUUUCUUUCAUUUUGGUUUGUUGAUGAAGUAGUAUAUAAAUCACGGCGUUGUGUAUGGGUAGAAGAAUAUGUGAAUACGAAUCUCCCGAGUGUUGUUACAUGGGUGGGUAUGUAACUAAUGUAUUCAUCGCUUCUUCUAACUGUACGUAUAAGUGGUUUCGUUACAGAUUUUAUUCAUAUAAAUAUUCUCGAUUUAUAA